AGUUUAUCACACAAAUUAUAGUGAGUCAGUGUUAUUUUGUCUGAGAGUGCUGGAGAAAACAAAGAUAUAUAAAUUACGCCAAUCAUGACCUUAGUUACUAGUAGUUGAAUAUUCAAUCAUGCAAAAUUACACUAGUACUCCUCAAUAAUUUCUUUUUGAAAGUUUUAGCAAUCGGUAAUAUAAUUACAGUGCAAUUUCCGUAAUUCGAGCUAAUUGUUGCAAGAAGAUGUUCGAAUUAUUGAAUGUUUUCGGAAAAAUCAAAAAAUAGUUUUAUUAUACAGCUGCUGGAUUUUCUGUCUUAUUUAAAUAAUUUAAUUUUGCCCACAGAUGACUGAUGCCAUGUCCGAAUCUAAAAAUAAAUGUAGACAGCACAGUGUUGAUUAUUUGAAAUUUUGCUUCAUUCAAUCAUUGCCGGAAAAACAAUCGCCUAUGUGCCUUUUAUGCAACAAAGUUUUGGGCAAUGACGCUAUGAAACCAUCUAAACUGCAAUAUCAUCUGAGAAGAUGCCACCCUGAUAAAACAGAGAAAGAUUUGAAAUACUUUCAAACACUCAAACAUAAAUUUCAGAAGAGACCUACACUGGACAGAAUUUUCGCUUCGACGUCACAAAGAAAUAAUGAUGGUUUGCGGGCGUCUUACAAUAUCUCGUUACUUAUAGCAAAAUCCGGAAAACCGCAUACUAUCGGAGAAAAGUUAAUUUUGAAGAGGUUUUAAAAACUGUUUUACACAAACCUGCAUCUGAUAUUAUUAAAAGAAUUCCCUUAAGCAACAAUACUGUUGAAAGAAGUAUUGAUGAAAUGAGUUCUGAUAUUGAAAGGUUCUUAUGUAAUUAUUUGCAAGCGACCCAUUUCUUUAUACAACUGGACGAGUCAACUUUACCUGAUAAUGCAGCAUUAUUAUUGGCAUAUGUUCGUUUUCUUAUGAAUCAAGAAAUCUACGAAGAACUGCUCUUCGCAAGAACUUUGAU